AUGUUUCUUGAUAACUACAUAGCAGCCAGAGAGUCUACAGAUACAGAAAACGUAGCUGGUCAUGAAGAACAACCUGCUAGAAACACUUCUCCACCUGAAAUGUCUUAUGUGAAUGAAAGGACACAUACAUCUGCAGAAGCCCUAACAACAUUAUUUCAAGGAUCGCAGACAAGGAACAAAUAUGGAAGAAAAAAUCAUAUUCGUAUCUUUUGUGAACAAAAUCACUGGGGUGAUGAAUGCACAGCAUUCAGGACAAUUGAUGAGAGAAAACAGAAAAUCAGAGGAAGAUGUUACAUUUGUCUUAGGCCAGGUCGUCUUAGCAAAGACUGCAAAGAAGACAAACCAUGCGUUCACUGCCAUCAGACAAAGAAACAUCACCUAAGCCUCUGCAAUAAGAAGAUCCCGCUUUCGAGAGAAUCCACACAUUUCCCUCAAACAUCAGAAAUAUAUGAUGCAGAAAUAGUUAACAAUGUUCCAGAAAACAGUCUAUUCUCCUCAAGUAGUAUGGUGCUAAUGCAGACUGCAAGAACUGAUGCAUCUGAUUUGAAAGGUAGGAGAAUUGAAUCUGUUAGAAUUCUGAUGGACUCUGGGUCUCAGAGGACAUAUGUUACCGAAGAAUUGUUUACGAGAUUAAAUUUGCAGAGGAAAGAAACAGAAGAAAUAUCCAUUAACACAUUUGGAGUUAAGAAGCCCAAGACAAUGAAAACACCGAAAGUCUCUUUAAGAAUUAAACUAAAGGAUGGACACUUCAUGAGAAUUUAUGCGAAUGUUGUGCCUCAAAUUACUGGAUCCAUACAACGAAGACCGUUAACACUUAACAUCUCUGAAAAA